AUGCGUCUAAUGAUACCUUACCUCUCACCGAUCGAUUUUGAAAGAAAGAAUCUCUUUGUACAUUUUCAAAUCGAACACUACGAUUUCAAAUUGCUACUCAUCAAUAUUUCUCGUUACGUUCAUUUGACCUCUCUUGUCUUUUCGCUUCCAUUUUCUUUCAUCUCUUCUUCUUCUUCUUCUCUCUCUCUCUCUCUCUCUCUCUCUCUCUCUCUCUCUCUCUCUCUCUCUCUUUCACUUACCUAUCCCUUUAUUUUCUUCAUCUUCAUUCUCUCUUUCCGGUUUUUUAAUUAUUUUCUUUCUUUCUUUCUUCAUUUAUUUCCUUCUUUCUUGCUCUUUUCAUACUUCCCUUUCUCUCUCUCUUUCUUUCUUUCUUUUUUUCUUGCUCUUUUCAUAUUUCCCUUUCUUUCUUUCUUUCUUUUUUUCUUUCUUUCUUUCUUUCUUUCUUUCUUUCUUUCUUUCUUGUUCUUUUCAUAUUUCCCUUUCUUUCUUUCUCUAUUUAUUCCUUUCCUUCUUGCUCUUUUCAUAUUUCAAUUUCUUUCGCUAUUUCUUUCUUUUUUCUUUCUUUUUUUCUUUCUCUUUACAUAUUUCCGCUUCUUUCUUUCUUACUUACUUUCUUACUCUAUUGUUAUUUUCAUAUUUCCCUUUCUUUCUUUCUUUCUUUCUUUCUUUCUUUCUUUCUUUCUUUCUUUCUUUCUUUCUUUAAUAUUUCCCUUUCUUUCUUUCUUUAAUAUUUCCCUUUCUUUCUUUCUUUCUUUCUUUCUUUCUUUCUUUCUUUCUUUCUUUCUUUCUUGCUUGCUCUUUUCAUAUGUUCCUUUUCUUUUUCUGCCUUUUUCCAUCACCACUUCUGUUUAUCUCUCAUUUUCUUUCUUUCUCUCUCACUUUCUUUCUUCUCCUUCUUUUUCCAUUUUCUUCCUUUUACUUCAUCCUUUAUUUGUUUCUUUUUUUCUCGACGUUCUGUCUCUCCCUCAUUUUCUUUGCUUUUUUUUUCAUUUCUUCACUCUUUUUCGUCCUUUCCACUACCACUUCCUUCCAUUUCUUUCGUCAUUUUUUCCCUUCUUUCAUUUUUUCCAUUCGUUCAUUUUUUCUUUCUUUCGCUCAUAUUUCCAUUUCUUUUUAUCUCUUUUCUAUCGCUUUCUUUCUUCCCGCUAUCAUCCCCCUCUCAUUAUUUAUCUCUGCUCUCUUCACAUUUCUUCCCCUCUCCGCUAUCAUAUCGUCCUUCAUUUUCUUUUCAUCUCUUUUUGUUACGCCUGUUUUCGUUUCUUUUGCCUCAUUCUUACAUCUUUCUUUCUUCUUUCUUUAAUCUCCUUUUACUUUCACUCUUUUUCUGUCCACCUGCUUUAUAUUUCUUUUUCUCUUUCGCUAUCUUUCCAUAUCUCUUCAAUUUCUCCUUCCAUCUCCUUAUCAAUCUUUCUUAUAUCUCUCUUUCCUCCUAUUUCCCUUCAAUUUAUCUCUUUCUUCCUCUCUCCUUCUUCCCCGUCUUUUUCUUUCUCUAUAUUUCCUUUGAAACUGACUUUCUUCCACGAUGUCUUUAACGCACCCAUUCUCUCUCUCUCUCUCUCUCUCUCUCUCUCUCUCUCUCUCUCUCUCUCUCUGCACAAUUCACUUGCAAACGUGCGUAUGGACAUCUUUAUUCGUCUUCCUCUCCCGAUUAAUGCCACCCCCACUGCAUGA